GGUCGCCAUGGCGACGGGCUGUACACUACCUCAGCUUCACAGGCCGCGGGUGUCGGCUGUCGGAGGGUCAUGGCCUCUCCUAGUCCACGGAGCUCCAGCUUCGCGACCACGUCCAGAACACCCCUGCGGCCUUCAAAAGUGACCAUAGAUGACUCCUGCCAAACAGAAGCUGAUAAUACUCAGGAACAGGAAAAACAAAAACGCAAGCUUUCUCAGAAGCAGAAGACACUGUCUCUUUGUCAGUCAUCCAUUGUCGGCCACCUGUCCCCAUGGCCCACGUACACCAGUGGCCAGACCAUUCUGCAUAAUCGAAAGCCCUGUUCAGAUUACUGCCGGAAGAGAGCAGGUAGCUGGCGGCAGCAGCCCCUGGGAAUUACCAAACCAAGGUAUCUGGAGCAGCUAGAGAACUACCUACGCAAGGAGCUCCUCCUGCUGGACCUGAGCACAGAUUCUGCCCAGGAGCUGAGGCUGCAGCCUUACAGAGAGAUCUUUGAUUUCUUCAUAGAGGACUUCAAAACAUACAAGCCCUUGCUAUCCUCCAUCAAGAAUGCAUAUGAGGUGAUGCUGGCUCACCAGAGGGAGAAGAUCCGGGCUCUGGAACCGCUGAAGGCCAAGCUUGUCACUGUGAAUGAGGAAUGCAACGAGAGGAUCCUGGCCAUGAGGGCUGAGGAGAGAUCCGAAAUCUCCCUGCUGAAGAAAGAGAAGAUGAAUCUGCUAAAACUCGUUGACAAAAAGAACGAGGAGAAGAUCUCAUUGCAGAGCGAGGUGACCAAACUGAGGAAGAACUUGGCUGAGGAGUACCUGCGCUACCUCAGCGAGCGAGAUGCCCGCAAGAUCCUCAUUGCAGACCUGAAUGAGCUACGGUACCAGCGGGAAGACAUGUCCCUAGCCCAGUCCCCAGGCGUCUGGGGAGAGGACCCCGUGAAGUUAACGCUGGCUCUGAAGAUGACCCGGCAAGACUUGGCACGCACGCAGAUGGAGCUCAACACCAUGAAGGCCAAUUUUGGAGAUGUGGUGCCCAGGAGAGACUUUGAAAUGCAGGAGAAGACCAACAAGGAUCUUCAAGAGCAGCUGGACAGCCUGAGAGACGACUAUGAAGAGGUCCGCAAGGAGCACGAGAUACUGCUGCAGCUGCACAUGAGCACGGUAAAGGAGCGGGACCAGUUUUAUUCCGAGCUGCAGGAGAUCCAGCGCACCUCCACACCACGGCCUAAUUGGACCAAGUGUGAAAGUGUGGUGGCCGGGGGCCCAGAUCGCUGGCACAUGCUGGCUGAGGGCAAGAAUAGUGACCAGCUUGUGGAUGUGCUCCUGGAAGAGAUUGGCGAGAUGCUGCUCCAGGAGAAAGACUUCUUCCCUGGUCUGGGCUAUGGAGAAUCUGUGCCGCCUUUUCUUCGGGUUGAUGGCGUUGUGGAGAACAAGAAGCCGACAAAGAAGGAUGUGGUGAACCUGCUCAAGGAUGCCUGGAAGGAACGUCUUGCCGAGGAGCAGAAAGAGAAGUUCUCAGAUUUCUUCUUCAGUUUCUUGGAGCGUCGCUUUGGGCCUGCUGAUGCCAUGGCGUGGGCUUACACUGUUUUUGAAAAUAUUAAGCUGUUCCACUCCAAUGAGAUCAUGAGUCAGUUCUAUGCAGUCUUGAUGGAAAAAAUGAGUGAAAGUGUUUACGUCAAGCACAAGGAGACAAUAUCACAGCUGCUGAAGGAGAUGACAAAUGCUGACAGUCAGAAUGAGGGACUACUAACUAUGGAGCAGUUCAGUACUGUCCUCAGGAGCAUCUUCCCCUUCAAGAAGGAAGAGAAAAUUCAGGAGCUGAUGGAGGCAGCGGGCUGGCAACUCAGCAGCAAUGCAGACUGGCUCAGCUACCAAUCCUUAUUUACAGAGGAUGAGGAGGGCCAGGUUACACCCUUUAUGCGAAUGCUGUGGGAACAGUAUGUGGAGGAAAAGGAUGAGUACUUACAGGAGCUAAAGCAGGACCUGGGCCUGGAACUCUAUGAAAAAGUGACCUUACCCAAGGUACGUGAGGCCCUGAUGACCAUCGACCCCAGCCUGGACAAGCAGACCCUGAACAGCUAUUUGAGCCAGGCCUUCCAGCUCCCUCUGACAGAACUGCCAGAGGAGAGUGAGGAAAAGGAAGAAGACAUUAUGAUAAAACUCCAGACUGUUCUGGAACGGCUUCAGAUGAUUGACAUCAGGCGCAGAGGACCUCGGGAGCAGGAGCCUACAAGCUAGGGCCCCUGUGGGCGGCUAACCCCUGACAUUCAGUAUAAAAUUGUUUGUCUGAACC